GCCAAAGUGAGAUGGCAGGCUUUCAAUAAUAGCAAUCGCUCGGCCGCACCGCUGAUUUAGUCGAGUCGCAAACAGUUCCGUGAGCGGUUACGGUUACUUACGAAAAAUGCUGGAGGGUGGCACUAUCAACAUGUUGGACCUGUCCGGGGAGCAGGUGAGCGAGUGGCUACGCAGCUUUGACAUGGUUCUCAGCGACGGCGACGGCACCAUAUGGCAGGAUGAUACGGCUAUCGAGGGUGCUGCAGCCGUAUUGAAUGCCCUGCAAAAUCAGUUCGGAAAACGUGUCUACCUCAUUACCAACAAUGGCCUGAAAACACGAAGAGAACUGUUCGAACGGGCGCAGCGCCUGGGCUUCCAAGUGCCAAAUGACCAGCAUAUCAUAUCGCCCACGGCCACCAUUGUGGACCAUCUGAAACAGCUUCCAGACUUCGACAGCACCAAGCACAAGGUCUUUGUGGUGGGCAAUGCAGCCAUUGGCAGGGAACUACAGGCAAACGGCAUAGACAGCUACGGGGCCGGGGAAGAGGAGCCGUUGCCCAUGGGCGAAAAAUGGCAGGACUUCGCAUUGCGAGAGUUUACCAAGCCUGAGGCGGCCGACAAUGUGGGUGCCGUGGUGGUGGGCUGGGAUGAACACUUCAGUUACUGCAAAAUGGCCAGGGCUUCUCACAUCCUCUGCCGCAACGGGAGCUCUGCCUUCCUGGUUACCAACAGAGAUGCCGUGCACAAGUAUCCCGCCUUAUGCAUUCCCGGCACUGCUGCCUUUGUGGCUGGCAUCGAGGCGUGUGCGGGCCGUGAGGCCUUAGAAAUGGGAAAGCCAAGUCCUGUGGUCCUUGAACCCUUGAUUCAGUCCGGCGCCCUUCGGCCGGAACGCACUCUGAUGAUAGGCGACUGCCCGAAAAUUGAUAUCGCCUUUGCCAGAAACUGUGGCAUGCAAUCACUGCUGGUCGGGACUGGCAGCUAUCAACUGGAUAUCCUGCAGCAGAACGGCAGUCUGCCUCAGCCAGAUUUGUAUCUACCAAGACUGGGUGACCUGCUGCAAUUUCUAUAGGCAAAAUGUAUCGCAUUAGUAUGUAGAUUGGGACGAGGCCAUACAAUAUAUGUUAUCAGGCUAUCAACGCCACGUCAACGAAGCUUAUUUCACGAUCAUACACAUUUAUGUGAGCACAUGUUUUGUGUAUAUGGCAGAGAUAAGUAUCUGUUCGUAUCACCUUUGCACCCUUGGGCUAUAUACCCUCGGGUUCAAUAGUAUGAUAAAUUCGAUCUAUUAUUCACUACUUCAGUCAAUUCAAUCAAUCAAUGCCACUCCUAUCGACCAGAUUGAGUGUUCCAUUUGGAUAGAGAAUAUGUUUCUUAAUAUAUAUUUAUCGAAUUUAUGCAAAG